AUGUUUGGUCGUACUGUAUUACAUGAUAUGUCGAAUCUAAGCACUUCAUCUGGUUCAGAGCUAGCAUGGCGAUUGAAAGCUAUCGGUGAUGUUGAACAGAAAAUAGCUGAAUUAAUCAAACAUGCUCAAACAUGUGUCAACGAACUAAGCAAAGAAAAACAGGCAACUUCAUUUCAGAUCAGCAAAUCUAAGAUGGAGGAAGCAUCAUCAGCAUUCAAAAAAUGUCUUAAUUCAAUCGAAACUGAUUUGAACGCUCAAAUGCAAUAUUUAAGUCAUGUUUGUGUUGGUACUGCCCAUCAAGGUUCAACUUUUGCAAGUCAGCAGAAUAUAGUGCUUGCAGAGCAAACAUUAUUUUCUUUGAAAGAUCGAUUAUCAGCUAUACAACAAAUUUAUCUUCCUCUUGUAACAGAUAUCUCAACGACAAGGUGA